CCCUCAAAAUUUCAACGCCUGCCGCAUUCCCGCCAUUAAUCUUUGAUAAUAAAACUGAAAAUUCCCAGCAACCCAAUAACGCAAUUUCACUAGAGAUUUCAUUUCUCUCAAUCCCAAAAACCAACAAGAAGAAUCGCCUACUCCAAUUUCGUUUGCUCAAAAAAUGGACAUGUCCGACAUAGCCAGGAAAUUAGGCCUCUCCGAAUCCAAAUACGUUGUCCGUAAGGCUGCCGAGCUCCGCCGGCUAGCCGACAUCCAGUUCGAUUCCUCCAUCAUCGGCGUCGGCGAGAUUUGCAAGGCCGUAAUUUGCCUCGAGAUUGCAGCUUCCAGAAUGGAAGUUUUGUUUGAUCGGCAUGAGGCAAUAAAGCUGAGUGGGGUUUCCGAUAAGGCUUACAACAGAUCCUUCAACUCGAUGCAGAAUGGGAUGAAUUUGAAGAAUAAACUUGAUGUAAGAGAACUGGCCAUUCAAUUUGGAUGCGUGCGCCUCAUCCCCUUUGUUCACAAGGGCCUUUCUUUGUAUAAGGAUCGGUUUCUUGCUUCGUUGCCUCCUUCUCGAAGGAGCGGUACAGAUUUUAGUCGACCUGUUUUUACUGCGGUAGCAUUCUACCUUUGUUCCAAGAGGCAUAAGCUCAAGGCAGACAAAUUCAAGCUGAUUGAGCUUGCUGGCACAUCAGAGUCUGAAUUUGCUAAUAUAUCUACUUCGAUGGUGGACCUAUGCUUUGAUGUGUUUGGAAUAGCCAAGGAGAAAAAGGAUGCUAGGAAAAUCCAAGGCAACCGAGAGCUUAUUGACGCAUUGCCUGAAAAGAGAAGGCUAGAGGAUGGUGGCUACUCUUCUAGUGAUGGUGAAGAGUCUCCUGCCUACAAGAAGCGCAAGCAGAUGGAUAAACGGGAUCACGAUGAGUGGAAAUCUGCUGUUUUGAAGUCCAACAAGCUUGGCAAGGCUCAAGCUGCUGCAAAGCUAACGAAAAGCAGACAGAGCGGGCUUGAUUUUCUGAAGAAGGCUCCUGAAACUGCAGCAAAUGCCUUGUGAUCAUAGAUAUUGAUUUUUUGUUUCAAUUUUGCUGAUCUCUAUGAUUUUUCAAGCUGUACAUGACAAUUGAAAGAAAUGGAUAUAAAUUAUUGUUGAAAUGAAA